UGGACUUCUUAGAAGCUGUUCAAAUAAAGAGAGGAUGGGGCUGUCCCAGUCAGAGGCACCUGGACCCCUUUGGGUACAGAAGGUGGUGAGGAAGAACAGGACAGACCCAUGGGGACCACUGUCUUCUGGAUGCUCCCUCUCCUCCUGGUGAUGCCGGUGGAGGUCCGCGAGAGUUCCGAUUUCCAUCUGGCUGGGGACUACCUCCUGGGGGGAUUGUUCACCCUCCACGCCAACAUCAAGGGCAUAGCUCAUCUCAAUUACAUGCAGGUGCCCCGGUGCAAAGACUAUGACGUCAAGGUGCUGGGCUACAAUCUGAUGCAGGCCAUGCGCUUCGCUGUGGAAGAGAUCAAUAACGACAGCCGCCUGCUGCCCGGGGUCUCGCUGGGCUACGAGAUGGUGGACGUGUGUUAUGUCACGAACAACAUCCAGCCUGUCCUCUACUUCCUGGCCAAGGAGAACUUCAACCUGCCCAUCCAGCAGGACUACAGCAGCUACGAGCCGCGGGUGGUGGCCGUCAUCGGCCCUGACACCUCCGAGUCUGUCGUCACCGUCAGCAACUUCCUCUCCCUCUUCCUUCUUCCCCAGAUCACCUACAGCGCCGUCAGCGACGAGUUUCGGGACAACAGCCGGUUCCCGGCUCUAUUCCGCACCAUUCCCAGUGGCGAGCACCAGAUCAAGGCCAUGAUCCAGCUCAUAACCUACUUCCACUGGAACUGGGUCAUCGUCAUCGCGAGCAGCGACGACUACGGCCGGGAGAACAGCCAGCUCUUCAACGAGAAGCUGAAGGGGGAGAAAAUCUGUGUGGCCUUCCAGGAGUCCCUCCCUGUCCCCUUGGGCAACAAGACGCUGAUGCCCGCGGAGAAGAGGAGGCUGGAGGCCAUAGUGGACAAGAUCCAGAACAGCUCUGCCAAGGUGGUGGUGGUGCUGUCCCUGGAUCUGGCGCUCUAUGACUUCUUUGAGGAGGCCAUCUCCCAGAACGUCACAGGCUACGUGUGGAUCGCCUCCGAGUCCUGGUCCAUCGACCCCGUCAUCCACGGCAUCUCCCGCAUCCAGCAAAUCGGGACCUUCCUGGGCAUCAGCACCCAGAACAUCCCCAUCCCAGGCUUCAGCGACUUCAGGGUGCGGCAGACCCCCACGGGGAGGCCGGAGACGGACAAGAAGCACUCGGGGCCCACCUGCAACCAGGAGUGUGACACCUGCCCGGACACCCUGAAGUCCUACAACGCCAUCCUCACCCACUCUGGGGAUCGCGUGGCCUACAAUGUCUACUCAGCCGUCUACACCGUGGCCCACGCCCUGCACCGCCUGCUCGGCUGCAACGCUAUCGGCUGCGCCAAGGACACGGUGUACCCCUGGAAGUUGCUCCAGGAGAUUCGGAAGGUGAACUUCACCCUAUUGGGCCACAGGAUCUACUUUGACAAGAAUGGGGAUCCACCCAUGGGCUUGGAGAUCAUUCAGUGGCAAUGGGAUACGGGUCACGACCCUUUCAAAAGAAUCGCCUUCUACAAUCCAGCCCAGCAGUACUUGUCCAACGUGGCUACCAACAUCUCUUGGAACACCCCCAACAACUCGGCUCCCUUCUCCGUGUGCUCCAACAGCUGUCAGCUGGGUCAGCGGAAGAAGCCCAUGGGGCUGCACAUCUGCUGCUUUGAGUGUAUCAACUGUCCUGCUGGGACCUACCUCAACCAGUCAGGUGACUUUGAGUGCCAGCCCUGCCCCCCGCACGAGUGGUCCAACGAGGGCGAGGCGCACUGCUUCCGGCGGCGGCUGCGCUUCCUCGAGUGGCGGGAGCCGGCCACCCUCGCGGUGGCGCUGCUGGCGGGCCUGGGCUUCCUGGGCACGCUGGGCGCGCUGGGCGUCUUCUGCGCCGACUGCUGGACGCCGGUGAGUGCGCUUCGGCGGGGGCCUGCUUCCUGUCUUCGGCGUCAUGUGCUGUUGGUGGCCUACGGCGCGGUGCCCGUGUACGUGGGCCGGCCCUCGGUGCCCGCCUGCCUCUGCCGCCAGGUGCUCUUCAACCUGUGCUUCACCCUCUGCAUGGCCUGCAUCACCGUGCGCUCCUUCCAGAUCGUCUGCGUCUUCAAGAUGGCGCGCCGCCUGCCGCGCGCCUACAGCUGCUGGCUGCGCUACCGCGGGCCCUACGCGUCCGCGGGGCUGCUCACGCUGCUCAAGGCCGCCGUGGUGGCCGCCCACGUCCUGCUCACGCCCGCCGGCCUCACGGUGCGCCACGACCCCGACGACGCCCGCGCCAUGACGCUCAACUGCAACGGCCACUACGGCCGGGCCCUGCUGCUCAACACGGGCCUGGACCUGGCGCUCUGCGUGCUGGCCUUCGGCUUCGCCUACCUGGGCAGGGAGCUGCCCACCAGCUACAGCGAGGCCAAGUUCAUCACGCUCAGCGUGACCUUCUACUUCGUCUCCUCCGUCUUCCUCUGCACCUUCGUGUCCGUCUACCAGGGCGUCCUGGUCACCAUCUUCGACAUGGCCGUCACCGUGGUCAACCUGCUGGGCAUCAGCGUGGGCUACUUCGGGCCCAAGUGCUACCUGAUCCUCUUCUGCCCCGAGCGCAACACGGCCGCCUACUUCAACGGCGUCAUCCAGGGCUACACCAUGAGGAAGGAGUAGGCGGGGGGCGGGGCCGGAGAGACGGGGCGGGGAGCCCUUAACGCCGGGCGUGGCCUGCGCCAGCCUUGUGUCCUGCAGGCCCUCUCCGGGAGGCGUAGGAAUGACCUCACCUUCCUUUAACUCUUUUUUUUUCUGACGUAAUUGGGGUUAAGUGACUCCCAGAGUCACACAGCCGGGAAGUGUGAAGUGUCCGAGAUCACACCGGAACUCGGGUCCUCCUGACUUCCGGGCUGGCGCGCUAUCCACUGCGCCCCCUAGCGGCCCCUCCUUUAACUCUUAAACCUGCUUUUCCCUCUUCAAAUUUCAUCAAAAUCAUCCUCUUCUGCACUAGUCUGGGAGGAAUAGUCCGAUUUUGGCGCUAGCGAGCCCCCUAUCACUGGAGGUCUUCGAGUGGAAACGGGUUGGCCGUGGAUGGCGUAGAGAAGAUCCGUGGUCCAUCGAUGACGCGGAGCAAAGGGCCGUUCUCAGAAGGAGAUGCCCUUUGACCUUUGAGGCCCCGCCUCUCUGGGCUGUUUACUUAAAGGGGGCUCACUAGCCUGCCCGCGGGUGAUGGCGGUGGGCAUCCUUUUUGGCCCGAGGAGGCUUUUUGAUUGGAUCUCGUGGAAUAUGAACAGGGCCUGUAUACCUUUUUAAAUGGAUCAAAGUCAGUCAGUGAGAAAAAGGGCUCGGGCGCUAAGCAAUUUGUAGAAAAGGGACAAGCUGUCUCGGGAUUGGGGGCGGGAAAAAGACUCUCAGUGCCUGAACUGGAGGCGCUAGAACAAACUAGAGAUGUGGCAGAGGAGAGACGAGAGGAGGGCCCCUUAAAGGAAGUCCCGAGGAAAGCGCUUUCUUCAGCAGGGCUUCCCAGUCCCUGCGUACAUGCAGGAAUAGUUGCUGUUUCGUGGCUCAUAAGCUGCAAAUAAACCGAAUUUCACCCGAUCUAUAAAGAGGCCGGGGGAUAAAUAACGAUAGAUAUAGGGUUAGGCAGGGGGCCCAAUCUCGAGCCUAAAUACUGAGAAUUUUCCUAACUGGGGUCUCAGCAGUUCAGAUUUUUCCCACUUACAAUAAACUCCCCAAAGGCAAACAGGAGCGGAUUCAGUGGAGCUUAAGAGCUCCCUAAACUAAAAAUGAGCUAAUGAUAGUAACCAACUGUUACAACUGGAAGGGAUUCUCUCUCGGAGUAGUUUAUUUAAAUGUAGAACUGAAAAACAGAAAGUUGCUUCUCACGGCUAGCUUGAGUCUCGCUUGCUAUUAUAGAAACGAAUUUCCUCUUUUUGUUCUUCUCAGAGGCUGAGAGCAGUUAACUGAUGUAAGAAGUGUGUGAUACGCGGGAUGCUGGCUCUUAGGGGGUUGGUUUCUGCCCUUGUCCAUCCUGGGGCCACCUUCAUUCUUUGGGAAUCCAGAGGAACUGUCCAGAGGAAACUCUAAGCACAGUUAAUUAGCCUUGUGACUGUUUUUCUCAAAAGCUGUGAUCCUCCAUGUAUACUUAUAUUGUAUUUAAUUUAUACUUUAACAUAUUUAACAUGUAUUGGUCAU